AUAGAUCUUUCAUUAAGCUUAACAAUUUUUUGCAAAUUAAACAUGAAUUCAGAAUUAGAAAAAUUAAAUUUUAGCUCGUAUUUUCCUUACCUAAAAAUUUAAAAACAAUAAAAUGAGAUUGUUUGUGGUUACCAUUAGAUAAACACAUAGUAGAUAAACUAAUUCUGUACUAGCCAGUAUUUUGGAUUAGUUAAAAUUCAUGAUUUCAAUACAUAAUUAUUACUUUAAACAAAUUGCUGUAUUCUCAUUUCUCCAACCCAUGCUAUUACUGUUAAAGAUUAAUUUUUGAAUGAAAAAGGAGAAUUCAUUUAUAAAUUAGACUAAAUUAAUGUGGCUUUUAGCGAGUAUAGAACAUAAAUUAUUUCUUACAUCUUACUUGACAGAUUUAUUAUAUUCAACCUCCAAUUAAACUUAGGUGAUAUAUUUGGAUAUGUAGGAUUGGCGUAAAGAUAACAUGAUACUAUGAAUUAGGGAUUGAAUUUGAAUAAUUAAGACCAAACUCCUUUCAUUCAAGGGUUUAAUGAAUACGGAAGUAUUUCUUACUUCUAAGCUAUUGUCUAUAGAGAAGAUUCUAAAGAAUAUGAAGCUCCAAAUUGUGGAUUUGUAAGAUUAUUAUAAGGUUGUGCCAUGCUUAAAUAAGAUAGUGAAUUUGGGAUAUACUUACAUGGAUUAGUCAGUUACAGUGAUGAAAAGUAAAGAAUAAUAAUACAAAAGUUAAAUUUUACAGAUAUUUUUGUUAUAGCUGAAGUUAUCCUUGCAGCUGGAAAUACUUUAAGUGAAUAAAAAUUAGAUAUUUCUGCACUUUAUUCAAUAGACUAAAAAACAUUUCUCAACCCAAAAUCUAAUAUAUAUAGAAAGAGUUUGGGAUUUGAGGAGAACAUAUAGUCGUUAGAAUAAUUAAAUAAAUAAUAAAUUUAGCUGAUUGAUAUUAAAGUAAUAAAUUCUCAAUUAUUGUGCGCAAUUUCAAAAUAAGGCACUUUAUUUAUUAUUAAUAUGGAUUAAAAUUUAAUUGAACACACCAUCCAGCUGGAUGAGCAGCCUUCUAUUGUUUAAGUUAUUCAUGAUGAGUUGUUUAUUGGUCUUAAUAAAAAAAUUAUUGUAAUUAAUUAUGCUUAGGGCUAUCAAAUAGCCAGGACAUAUAAUUUUUAUUCUUAAAUUUUAAGCUUGAAAUAAAUUGAUGACAAUUUAGAUUGCAAUUCAUAGAAUUGCUUAUACAUAGUUGGAUGCUAUGAUGGACUUUAUUAAAUUAAAAUGAAUGAAAAAAUACCUUAAAAAAUAGAAAUUCCUAACUUUAAGAUAGACAAAGUACUUAACAUUCAGAUUAAUUAAGAAACAAUUGAUUAAGCUCCUAUGAACUAAUAUAAUAUUCUUUCUAAUUUUGACUAGCUUAUCAUAAGUGCAGCAGAAAAAAUAUUAAUUAUUGAUAGAAAUUAAAGGAUUGUCAAAAAAAAGUUUAUUGCACAUUCUAAAAAUGUUUAUAUUAUAGAACAAGUGAGAGUUAAUCUCCUCCUCUCAGGUAGUUCUGAUAAACAAUUGAUAUUGUGGGACAAAAAAACAGGUCAUUUAUUGAAAACAAUACAGCACACUAAUCCUAUUUAUAGUGGUUACUUGCUAAAUUAGUCAGAGCUGAUCACAAUAGAUUAUAACACAAUUUGGAUAUUUAACACUAUAACAUUCUAGAAUACAAAAUAUGAAUACCACAAAAAACCAAUUACUUGCUCAACCAAAGCUUCUAGUAACUCAUUCUUAACUUGCGAUACUUCUAACUAAAUAAUUUUGUGGAAGGCUGAUAAUUUUGAAAUAGAGUCUUUUAUGGAGUCUAAAUUUAAAAUAGGAAAAUUGCCAGAACUUUAAACCUAUAAUGAAAGAGAUUCACAUUGCUUAGAGUAAAGAUUUAGCGAGAACGAAUGUGAUUUUAACUAUAUUCCUCAAAAUAUUAAAGGUCCUUCUCUAUUAAAGUAUUAAAUUGAAUUAUAGGAGUAAAAAGCUGCUUAAAAAGAAUUGCAUUUUAUGUUGGAAGAUUAAAUAUGCUAAAAUAUAGAAGAAAGAUUACUCUAUUAACAAAAAAUAAAGCAAAUGAAAUUUUUUAUAGAGGAAAAAAACAAUGAUGUUUAGAAAAUUAUAACUACAUUAAGCAAGAAAAAAGAAAAAAUAACUAAUGUAUUCAAGGAAGCAAAUCAAAACUAAGAAAACUCUAAUUUAAAAAUAGCUCAUUUGAAUUAGGAGUUAAAAUAAUAAAUAGAUUUAUAAACAUCUAAAGUCCUCGAUUCAGCAAGUUUAUAGAAUUAAGAAAAUCAAAUGACUGUCAAAAAGCAAGCUAAUAUUUACAUUGAUGACUGUCUUUAAACAAAUUAAAAAGCUCCAAGUCAAAUGCUCGGUGCAGAUCAUUUAACAAAAAGCUCAUAUUCUUAUCAAUUUUCAACUGAAUAGACUAAUAAAUCAAAUCUUAAUUCCUAAAAUUUAACAUAAUUUGAGAUAGGGUAAACGAAUAACUAAAAUUAUAACAAUUAUGGUUCUUUAAAUCAAACUUAAAGUUAAAAUAACAAAGCUGAUUAAAUAGGAUAAAAUCAAAUAAAAUCAAAUGAGGAUCCAGUCUAAAAAUAAUAAGAUGUAUUAUCAUAAUAUUAAACAAACAAAAGGUCAAGUAAUGUUUAAAACAAUGAAUAUUAAUAUGUUUCGAAUCACUAGUUUGGCUACGAAGAAAACUAAAAUUUCUUCAGUAGACAAUUAGAAUAGCUCACUUUGCAAAACAGUCAACAAUAAGGAGGACUUCUAUAACUAGAAAUCCCAUAGUAAUAAAAUGAACAUUUUAUCAGAUUUACAGAAUCAAAUUUAUAAUAUAAUAAAGAAAGUGAUGACAUAGAAUAAAUUCAGAUAAAAUAAAACUAGGAUGAAUUUAAUACAAAAUAAAAUUAUGAUCAAUAUAAUACAAAAUAAAGUGAUUAUUAGUUUGAACAAAAUGCAGCAGAACAAAAUUUGUAUCAAACUUAAACAAAUUUUACCAUAAAACCUAUUCCUGUAUAAAAUACUUUAAGCAAUCUUACUGAGUCAAGUGACCAAAAUUUUAAGAAUCGUGAAAUUAAGUAUGAAUAAAUAAGAGAUUAAGAUGAGUAAUUUUAAGAGAGACAAUCUUCAAAUAAGUCAUACAUACAAUAAAUUAAUUAAAUCUUAAAUUAAAUGUAAAAUUUAAAAUAAUUGUAAUCAACCUCAUAAAAAAGUAAAGAUUCUCAGUAGAAUUCAAUUUCUAAUAAUAGUUAAAAUCAAUAAAAGAUCUAUGACUCAAGUAGAUAAUAACAAGGUGAUAACUCUUAGAAUUUGAUAAAUUAGUUAGCAUUUAUUCUUGAAAAUUCAAAUACCAAAUAAGAAUAAAUAUAUGAAAUUUUAUCUUAGUAAUUAAUUUAAUAGUAAAAUUAAAAUUUAGAUUAAAAAGAUGAAGGAUAGUUCAAUUAAAUAUCAGCAGGAUAAGAUAAAUAAUAAUCAGAUCAACCAAUUUAAAAUAGUAAAAUUCUACCAAACUCUGAUGAAAAGAAAAAAGAAUAAAAAUUAAGUAAAAGCAAAAAUAUUAUCUAAAAAAUAGAAAAAAUGUAAAAAAUGGAAGAAAAACUUAAAAAAAACGAUCCAAUUUUAGAAUAAUUAUAUAGCUUAAUAUAAUCAAGUAAGUGA